UCGUAGCAGAUAAACUAAAAAACAAACAAAAUUGUAGCUUUUAUCUCUUAGAUAGAUAUUUUUUCCGCUUCAUAAACUGUUGCAUACAAUGACCGACUCUGAGGAGACCGCUUGGAUACAGUGGUUUUGCAAGCAGCGGGGCAACGAGUUCUUUUGCGAAAUCGACGAGGACUACAUACAUGACAAAUUCAAUUUAAAUUUCCUGGACUCGAAUGUAAGCAACUACCGACGAGCGCUCGAGGUCAUCCUUGAUCUCGACAACGAGCCGGAGUCGGAUGCGCCCGCAGAGGCGGAAGUAGAACAGAGUGCUGAGAAGCUUUACGGCCUGAUACAUGCGCGCUUCAUAUUAACCAAUCGUGGCAUCGAACUCAUGCUGGAGAAAUACCAAAAGGGUGCGUUUGGCACGUGUCCCCGGGUAUUUUGCCAGCGUCAGCCAGUGCUCCCCAUUGGGUUGAGCGACACGCCCGGCGAAGAUAUGGUACGCAUCUAUUGCCCCAAAUGUAAUGACAUCUAUGUGCCCAAGGCGGCAAGACAUUCGACUAUCGAUGGCGCCUAUUUUGGGACUGGGUUUCCGCACAUGCUGUUCAUGGUGAAUCCUGAGGUGCGCCCCAAGCGCGCCAAGCAAAAGUUUGUGCCCAGGCUCUACGGUUUCAAGAUUCAUCAAUUGGCCUAUCGCUCACCGGGUGAUUUUGCCGCCUACCUCAAGGAACAGGCACACGAAGAGAGCAACUGAUGUAUAAUCCCCACUUUGGACCUCGUUUUAGUAAAAUUUUGAAGUAUGAUUGUUCACUGCAACCAAAAUAUAAUUAAAAAGCGAAUGCGCUGCUAAACAAAAA